CUCGAACCACCCCGACCCUUCAACCCAUACCUAUAUAUAUGUACUCAUGUCUUUAUCACCAACAAACCUAACUCAGAUCAAGAUUCGAAAGUCGAAAUCAAUCGCUGCAUUCUUCCAUCACAUUCAUUUCGAACUCCCGCUCUCUCUUUCUGCAAGUCUUUUGAGCAUCAAUGGCGUCCAAGGGCGAAGGCAAGGCCAUCGGAAUUGACCUGGGCACGACCUACAGCUGCGUCGGGGUGUGGCAGAACGAUCGCGUCGAGAUCAUUCCCAACGACCAGGGCAACCGGACCACCCCUUCCUACGUCGCCUUCACCGAUACCGAGCGUCUCAUCGGCGAUGCCGCCAAGAACCAGGUCGCGAUGAACCCCCACAACACUGUCUUCGACGCCAAGCGCCUCAUUGGCCGGCGAUUCUCCGACCCCUCUGUCCAGGCCGACAUGCGCCAUUGGCCCUUCAAGGUCGUCGCCGGCCCCGCCGACAAGCCCAUGAUCGUUGUCACCUACAAGGGCGAGGAGAAACAGUUCGCCGCCGAGGAGAUCUCGUCGAUGGUCCUGACCAAGAUGAAGGAAAUCGCGGAGGCUUAUCUGGGGCAGAAGAUCAAGAAAGCGGUGAUAACUGUCCCGGCGUAUUUUAACGACUCCCAGAGACAGGCCACCAAGGACGCUGGAGCCAUCUCCGGGCUUGACGUCCUGAGGAUCAUCAACGAGCCGACGGCCGCUGCCAUUGCCUAUGGGCUCGACAAGAAGGGUUCGAAAUCCGGCGAACGGAAUGUCCUGAUUUUCGACCUCGGCGGCGGCACGUUCGACGUCUCGUUGCUGACGAUCGAGGAGGGGAUAUUCGAAGUCAAGGCCACGGCCGGCGACACUCAUCUGGGGGGCGAGGACUUCGACAAUCGGCUGGUCAACCAUUUCGUCGCCGAGUUCAAGAGGAAGCAUAAGAAGGACAUCAGCGGGAACGCCAGAGCUCUGAGAAGACUUAGAACGGCCUGCGAGAGAGCCAAGAGAACUCUCUCUUCGACCACUCAAACCACUAUCGAAAUCGAUUCUUUAUACGAAGGGAUCGAUUUCUACGCUACCAUAACCAGAGCGAGGUUUGAGGAAAUGAAUAUGGAUUUGUUCAGGAAAUGUAUGGAGCCGGUGGAGAAGUGUCUUCGGGAUGCAAAGAUAGACAAGAGUCGAGUUCAUGAAGUUGUUUUGGUAGGCGGGUCGACGAGAAUUCCGAAAGUUCAGCAGCUUUUGCAGGAUUUCUUCAACGGGAAAGAGCUCUGCAAGAGCAUCAACCCCGACGAGGCGGUGGCGUACGGCGCCGCUGUGCAGGCGGCGAUUCUCACUGGCGAAGGGAACGAGAAGGUUCAGGACUUGCUCUUGCUGGAUGUCACUCCGCUCAGCCUCGGCAUCGAGACUGCCGGCGGCGUCAUGACGGUUUUGAUUCCGAGGAACACCACCAUUCCCACCAAGAAAGAGCAGAUUUUCUCCACCUACUCUGAUAACCAGCCCGGCGUUCUGAUUCAGGUUUAUGAAGGCGAGAGGCCGAUGACGAAGGACAACAAUCUCCUGGGGAAAUUUGAGCUAGCCGGGAUCCCGCCGGCGCCGAGGGGCGUGCCGCAGAUCAACGUGUGUUUCGACAUCGAUGCGAACGGGAUUCUGAACGUGUCGGCGGAGGACAAGACGGCCGGCGUGAAGAACAAGAUCACGAUCACGAAUGACAAGGGGAGGCUGAGCAAGGAGGAGAUCGAGAAGAUGGUGAGGGACGCCGACAAGUACAAGGCGGAGGACGAGGCGGUGAAGAAGAAGGUGGAGGCGAAGAACGCGCUGGAGAACUACGCCUACAGCAUGAGGAACACACUGAGGGACGAGAAGAUUGCCGGGAAUAUGGCCCCGGAGGAGAAGCAGAAGAUCGAGAAGGCCAUCGACGAGGCGAUCGAUUGGCUGGACAGAAACCAGUUGGCUGAAGUGGAUGAAUUCGAGGACAAGUUGAAGGAGCUGGAGAAUCUCUGCAAUCCCAUCAUCGCCAAGAUAUAUCAGGGAGGCGCCGGCGGUGACGUGCCAAUGGGCGCCGCCUCAGGAUCCGGAGGGGCCGGUGCCGGUGCCGGGCCUAAGAUUGAGGAAGUUGACUGAAGCGCUUCAGAAGUUGGCCUUUGGCCUUUGGCUACGCAAUCAAACAUUCCAGU